CGUAUCGUUCUAUGCGUUCCACUUCAUCGUGAUGGGAGCAUUUAAUGCUAGUAGAAUUCGCGCAUUUCCUCGGUAGCCCAUUUCCUCUACAUUACUUUAUCCCCAUUCAAAUUCCUCCAAUAGGGCGAUCCAACGCUUCAUCCUCAUAAAAACGUGAAUUCUAAAUAUUUUUAAUUAAAUCGAAAGAAAAUUUCAAAAAGUGCAGAUACUGCAAACUGCCGGAGAAGGAUUAUGUUUGAGAGGGUGAAAGUGGCUGUUAUAGUGUGACAAGUAUGAUUCAGUGUUGCGAGAUUUGUGUGUAAACAAACGACCUCUUUUGCCAUAUUGGCUUAUUGGGCAAUCAAAAUUAGUGAGAAUUAUGAUUGAUACCAGUUCCGAGUCUUAAGUCUUAUACCUGAUUACAUGAGUAGAUAUGACGCCAAGUAGAUAAGGUCAUAUUUAUAGAUAACUUAAAAUCAUAACUGAAAGAGAGCACUAAAUUCUUGUUGUCAAAGACACAAUUAAUGAAAACAACAGAAGCUUAGGCAUGAUCUAUUGAUAAUUACAAAAUAAUCAUCUGAAAGCAAUAACCCGAUAUCCCAAGCAGAGUAUGUUACAGUGAAGAUGGUCAGAUGAUCAGUUUAUCAAAAAAUUGAAAAUGCAGGGGAAUUAUUCAGUCUCGUGCGAGGCGGGUUUGGUGGUUCCGUUAUGGAACCCCACGGAUAAUCUAAGCAUGGUGGACUUAGUCCUCCGGGGUACGGUUUACUUUUUAAUUUUGAUGUAUCUUUUCAUCGGAGUCUCGAUAGUGAGUGACAGGUUCAUGGCAGCUAUCGAGGUAAUAACCUCACAGGAAAAAGAAUUGGUCGUCCGGAGACAAGGUCGAGAACCUCAGAUAAUUGUCGUGAGGGUGUGGAACGAGACGGUAGCGAAUCUCACCCUGAUGGCGCUAGGGAGCAGCGCCCCAGAGAUCCUCCUCUCGAUCAUAGAGAUCUAUGCCAAAAAUUUUCAGGCUGGUGAAUUAGGUCCGGGAACCAUAGUAGGUUCGGCAGCCUACAAUCUUUUCGUCAUAAUAGCCAUCUGCGUCUUUGUGAUUCCCUCCAACGAGAGCAGAAAGAUCAAGCAUCUUCGAGUAUUUUUUGUAACAGCCACCUGGAGCAUCUUCGCCUACGUUUGGCUUUACAUGAUCCUAGCAGUUUUUAGCCCAGGUAUUCUGGAGGUCUGGGAGGGGAUUUUGACCUUUUUAUUCUUCCCGGCUACUGUCCUGACUGCUUAUGUUGCUGAUCGGAGGAUGCUAAUUUACAAGUAUCUGCACAAAGAUUACAGGAUGAACAAGAGGGGUGUGAUUGUGGAAGUGGAGGGUGGAGACUCUGAUGGAGGAGUAGAGUUGGAAAUAAAAGCCCAGCAUGAUGGAGUACAGGGGCUUGUGGAUAGAUUUGCUGAUGUUGAUACUCAGGAGGCUAAGGAAUUUGAGCAGACUAGAAAGGAUUAUAUUCAUACGCUGAGAGAGUUGAGGAAAAAGAAUCCACAAUUGAGUCUGGAGCAACUGGAAGUGAUGGCUCAUGAAGAGGUUUUGGGGAAGGGGCCUAAAAGCAGGGCCUUUUAUAGGGUUCAAGCUACAAGGAAAAUGGUUGGUGCUGGGAGUUUGAGUAGGAAGAUUAGCGAAAGGGCCCAGAGUGAUUUGAGUGAGGUGAAAGCGGAAUUGCAGAGGGCUGAGGCUGAGAGUGUUGAUAUUAAUAAUGUGAAUGCUCAGAGGGUUUAUUUUGAACCCGGGCAUUAUACGGUUAUGGAGAAUGUGGGGACCUUUGAGGUUGGAGUCAGCAGGAUUGGGGGAGAUAUUAAUCAUGCUUGUUCUGUGGAUUAUUACACUGAGGAUGGGUCUGCUGAGGCUGGGUCUGAUUAUGUACCUGCUAAGGGGACAUUGAACUUUGAACCUGGAGAGACGAAGAAGACCAUCAAGUUGUCGGUUAUUGAUGAUGAUGUCUUUGAAGAGGAUGAACAUUUUUAUGUCAGAUUGACAAAUGUCUCUAAGCCAGCCAUGCUAGUGUCCCCCAGUCUGGCAACAGUAAUGAUCCUUGAUGACGAUCACAGUGGGAUAUUUGGAUUUCCCGUAAGGGAUGUUGAAUUAGUGGAAAGCGUCGGACAAUAUCCCUUGAGAGUAGUGAGAUACAGUGGAGCUAGAGGACGCGUUAUUGUCCCUUAUCGAACAGUCGAAGGAACUGCCAAACCAGGAAAACAAUACGAGCAUAUAGAAGGUUCUGUCACAUUUGAAGACAACCAAACAGAAAAGACGAUUCCCUUGACUAUUAUCGAGGAAGACUCGUACGAGAAAGAUGCCCUCUUUUACGUUGAACUCGAAGCACCUCAGCUGCAAGGAGCUGAUGCAGGAUUGGCUUCAGCAGCAGAACUGAAGCCACCAGAAGAGCGUACGGAUGAAGAAAAGAUGGCGCUACGAGGUAGACCACAAUUGGGUGAAAUAGUUCGAGCGCAAAUUAGAAUCAAGGAAUCUAAAGAAUUCAAAAACACGGUAGAUAAACUCGUUCAGAGAGCCAAUGCAUCAAUACUAUUAGGGACAAGUUCGUGGAAGGAGCAAUUUACGGAAGCUCUGACAGUGAGUGGGGGCGACGAUAAUGAAGAUGGUACUGGCAGAGGUACGACGCCCUCAACCGCCGACUACCUCAUGCAUUCACUCACUAUCUUCUGGAAAGUUCUCUUUGCUUUCGUUCCACCUACCGAUAUCGCUGGGGGAUAUCUAUGUUUUGUUGUCAGCAUAAUUGGCAUCGGGAUAGUGACAGCUGUUAUUGGCGACAUAGCAUCCUACUUCGGGUGUACCUUGGGAAUUAAGGACUCAGUGACUGCAAUUGUGUUCGUUGCAUUGGGAACUAGUAUUCCUGACACGUUUGCGAGCAAAGUGGCUGCCUGCCAGGACAAGUAUGCGGACGCAAGUGUCGGCAACGUGACCGGAAGUAACGCGGUAAACGUUUUCCUGGGAAUUGGCAUCGCGUGGAGUAUAGCUGCCAUCUACCAUGCUUUCCAUGGACGAGAAUUUCAUGUCAAGCCCGGCAAUCUGGCGUUUUCCGUGACUUUAUUCUGCUCAGAAGCCUGCCUGGUAAUAGUAGUCCUGAUGCUAAGAAGAUCCAAAUCCAUCGGUGGUGAAUUAGGUGGACCAAUGACACCGAAAAUUAUUACUUCCAUGUUCAUGUUUUCCUUAUGGCUGUUCUAUCUCGUGAUGUCUACUCUCGAAGCCUACGGCUAUAUCAAGGGCUUCUAAAGAUUCGGAUUAAUAUAAAAAAGGCCUACCAACAUCAAUUUUUAUGCAUAAAAUGUUUUUUUGUGGCAAAGUAUUUGCUCAAGAACAUUUUUCUUCAAAAACAACAAGAUGUGUGGAACCGAUAAGAGUGAGAUUUAUCAGUUGCAGAUUCUGCAACAAAUCGAAUUUAUUUAAUUGAAAAGACGUAUAAAAUGUGACAUUCAUGGUCAUAGGACUCAACUAAACAAAAUGAAAUAUCGACUUUCUCGUUAAAAUUGUACGUCACACGUAAGUUUUCGACUCGCCGUUCCUGAAGAAACAUUAAUUAGUAAAUAAGCGAAAUUACUAGUUUAAGCGACAAAUACUAGGCGAUAAUAGUUUUUUUUGCACGUUAAUUUAUGACUCAUCGUCAGCUUCGUUUACGAAACGAAUGUAGAUUUUAGAUACAUUCUAUAAUGGAUCGAGACGUAGAAAUUUAUGUUAAUUAUAAUUAAUUAUAAAGUAGAAAGCAAUUCAGGGGAGAUAAGGCUUUUUGGAUCUUGACCCGGCCUUUGAUCGAACGCACCCAUUUUUCACGUUCUUCACUGCCUUCGAUCAUGGGACGAAUUUCUAGAAUGAAAUAUCCGGCUCGAAGGACUCCGGUUCGAAACACCUCAAAAAAAAUUUUAUCUUUCAGUAUAUAGUCGUAAUUCAUUUUUUAUAAUUCUUCAUUGUUCACCUAACUUAUUUCGUUACUUGCCACUUGUUGUUUUUCACACAUGAAGGCAUGAGAACAAAAUACUGUAUAUAUUAUUUAUUUUUUAUAAUUCACUUUUCCCAUUUUAAAUAUUAAAAAUGUCUUUUUGAUUCUGUAUUUUACAUUUUAUUUUCUACAAAAAAAUAACUAUACAUUUAUCUGCAUUUCUGCUCUAAAAAACCUUUCUUCAAAUUAAUUUCAUCAUUUAUUUUAAUGCACUACUUUGUGUUAUUUAUAGUUUUAGUUAUAAUAUAAUAUUUCUAAAUAAUCGGAGGAUUAAUAUUGAAAGAAUUGUUACGUUUUGUCGUUAAUUAGUUAUAUAAUCUUGUUAAAGGAAGCUUAACUAAGUAAAUUGUUGAGAUCAGUGAAAAAAGAAUUAAACUCACUAGAAAAUGAAGCAACUUUUAAAAAAUUAAGCAGGAUGUACUUACGGGCUCGCAAAUAAAACCAUUGAUAAUUAAGUCAUCAUUGUUUACAAAUGUUAUAAUUCGAACUAGAAAUUGUGAGGCCUAUAAGCAUCGCUUACAACUUUUUUACACACAGAAAUAAAAAUUUAAUAGUCCAAAUCCGCGCAUUUAAGUCUUAGAACAUUUCCAAGAGAAAAUCAUGGAAUUAAACUAAUGAAAAAUGAUAGAUUAAUCAUUUAAUUAAUUAAAUAAUUUAAUAAAUUAAUAUAAUUGAUGAAAAAUAUGUAUUAUAAAAUAAUUCUAAACCGCCGCCUUCUCGUAUAUUUUCUUAAAUACCGGAAACCGCAUCCUUCUUGUAUUAAUUAAAGGCAAAGCGAUUAAAACAUUACAAUUAAUUUUAAAUUAACCCUGUUUUAAAGGCUUCAGUACAGUUUUGCCUUUAACGCCAUCAAUUACAAAGCCAGAGAAUAAAUUGAGUUUCUGACACUGAUGACUCUGACUUGUGAGAAUCACGACCCUAUUCUUUUAGAAUUGUUGAUAGCAUCUGAAAAUUUACAUUUUCUGUUAAUUAUAAAUAACAAACUUGAAAUUAAAAUGACAACUGUCAUUUCUCGACCAGUGGGCAUUUUGUAAGUUUAGCACAAGGUAGCUCAAGUUAUUGGUGUCAUAUUUUACUUAAAUUGGGAAAAUUCGUUAAGCUAAAAUUUUGCCAGGUUAGAAAACGUAUUAACUAACAUUAUAUGAAAUUUAGAAUUAUUUAAGGAUAACUUUGAGGAGUGUGACAGUUUCAGAAAUAAACCGAAUUUUCAAUCUUGUUUAAUAAAUUUCAAAUCUGGCUAAAUUUUAGCUUCUGAAAUUUCGUCAAGUUAAGUAAAAUAUGGCAUCAAUAAACUAAAAAUACUGCAGUUUAU